UUCAGUCCUGGGGGUCAAUUCUGGUUCUAUGAAAACGUAAAAUGAAAAGUUUUUUCACCGUUUCAUACAAAUACUGAUUCGAGUUCUAUGAAAACAUAAAAACAUAUGUUUUAAUGUUUUCAUAUGAAAGGAACGAUAGAAAGUGAAACUAGUGUUUUCACAUUUUCACAAAGUAAGCUAUUCCGAUUCUAUGCAAUCAUGAAAAUUGAAUCAAAAAAGUUUUCAGUUGAAAAAUAUUUUUUCAUACAAAUUUUCUUUAUGAAAAUGGAAAAAUCGGUCCGUGGUAAAAGAGCCUCAGAAGAACAAAAGGAAUUUUUAAUAAAUUUCCUUGAGGAAAACGUCGAUUUGGCGAAUGACAAGUAAGACAAUUUAAAAUUUUACAAAAAAAUCAUGUUUCUUUACAAAAUAAAAAUAUACGUAUAUUGAAGAUUUUGUACUGUUGAUGGUGCAAAAUAUAGAGAAGAAAAAUGGAAGGAAUUGGCGGAAUGCUUGAAUGCUAUUGGAGGGACUAUGAAGGAUGGUGCCAAGUGGAGAAAAUAUUGGAGUGAUUUGAGGCAACAUACACGCUCCAAAUACCUUUUGAUGAAAAGAGACGAACAAAAAAGUGGAAUUAAUGGACCAAAAAAAAUCAAGCAACUAUCUGAAGUAGAACAGAGGAUUAUAAAUAUUACCAAAAUAGAAGCGGUUGAUGGGGAUAAAACUCAGGAGAUGGGGUUCCUAUGUAGUCCCGGAGUACAUGUGGAAAAUAACUCAUCAGAUAUUUGCUAUCAGGAAGAUAUGGUGGAGAUACUUGAUGACCAAAUUGUAGAGUUGGAUGAAGAUCUUGAAACUGGAGAAAAUUCCACAUUUACAAUUAAAUUGGGAGGAAAAAGACCAAGGAAAGAAAAACGGAAGGUUGCUUUAUAUCCUGAUGAAUCACAAUUUGAAAUAUUGUUUAAAAUAGAAGAAGAGAAAGUGGAAGCUAUGAGAAAGUCUAAUACUCUAAAGGAAAGGGAGAUUGAAGCUAUAAAGGAGCAAACAGAAGCGAUUAAGGCUGAUACACAAGCAAAAGUGGAUUUUUUAAAAAAAAUACAGGAAGUCAUUCAAGUUCUACCUUGUAAUAAUAAUGGCUACUGACAUAAUAAUAAAUAAAU